CGACCCUUGUAACCAUGUUGGUGUUACCAUUUCCAUGUCGUGUGUCGGAGCCUCUUCUUCUUUCUCCUUCUCCAUUCCCGGAACUGAAGGAGCACAAGCCAUGUCUAAACUCGCCCACAAUCUAUUUUCUUGCUUCGCCAGAACAUUCAGUUCAUGGGCUCUGGCCAUCAAAAAUGCUUCCUCUCCCCGUAAAGCUCUACACCUUUACUCUCAGAUGCACCGCCGAUCAAUUCCCUAUGAUACCUUCUCCAUACUCUUCACCCUUAAAUGUUGCACCUCUUUACACAACCUCAACAUCAUUCGCCAUCUUCACUCCCAUAUAUUCAAAAUAGGCUUUGCUACCCACGUUUACGUCGCCACCUCUUUGCUCCAUGGCUAUGUGGUUGUUUCGUUGGAUGAUGCAUGUAGGUUGUUCGACGAAAUGCCUGAGAAGAACAGUGUUACCUGGAAUACCAUGUUAAGUGGGUUUGCUAAGUCUGGGGAUAUAAAUAGUGCCCGUCAGGUUUUUGAUGCUAUUCCUUUGAGGAAUGUUGAUUCAUGGUCUGCCAUGAUUGCAGGCUAUGUGAGUAAUGGAAAAUACGAUUCUGGGUUGGCUUGUUUCCGAGAUAUGAUGUCAGAUGAGGGGUCAAAACCUGAUCAAAUUACCUUGGGAUCUGUCCUGUCGGGUUGUGCUCAGAUGGGUUCUCUUGGAUUGUUGAUGGGCAGAUCAGUGCAUGGGUUUGUGGUAAAAAAUGGGUGGGAGUUGAAUGUAGAAAUUGGUACAGUUUUGGUUGAUAUGUAUUCCAGGUGUGGUUUUCUCAAGUGUGCUUGUAGGGUUUUUGAUUUGAUGCCUGCAAGGAAUGUAAUCACUUGGACUGCCUUGAUAUGUGGCUCCGCACAACAUGGCUAUAGCAAAGAAGCAUUGUCUAUGUUUGAGUUGAUGCAAGAAAUGGGAGUGAGACCUAAUGAGUUUGCUUUUACUGGGGUUCUUAGUGCAUGUGCUCGUACAGGACUGGUUGAAGAAGGGCGCAAAUAUUUUAAGAUGAUUGAACAUUACGGCUUGAAGCCAAGGAUUCAACACUAUGGCUGCAUGGUUGAUUUGUUUGGUAAGGCAGGGCUACUGGAUGAAGCUUACCAGGUUAUUAGGACAAUGGAACUUGAACCCAAUGUUGUUAUCUGGGGUUCAUUCUUGUCAGCUUGCAAGGAGCAUAAAAAUUUUGAAAUGGCUGGGAGAGUAAUAGAGCAAGUGUUGAGAACAAUAAAGCCAGAUAAAGAUGGAGGAGUUUUCUCUCUAAUAUCUGAUUUAUACGUUUUAAAUGAGAAGUGGGAUGAUGCGGGAUGGAUUAGGAAGUUAAUGGUCAAUCAAAGUGUGAGGAAGGCCAGAGGUUCUAGUUUUAUUGAUUAUAAGAAGUAAUCAAUCCAUGCUAGGAUUUUAUUUAUUGGAUUUUUAUCCGCAGUCUAGAUGGUGCGUCCUCCUUUUAACAAGCACUAAUUCUACAUUGUAACAGUAUUAGAUUCUUUGGUUUCUUUGGAUUCUUAGCAUUCUUUUUGUGAAGUGAUAGACAGCCAAGUGGAAUAAGGAUUUAGAUAGUUC